AAUGGUAAGUAUAACCACAAUAUGUAGUCUUCGCGAGACCCAUAUCAUUAAGUACCAAUGAUCUUUUUUGAUGGUCAGAAAAAGAAUGUAAUCAAAGUUUUUGGGAGUAUACAUAUAUAUAUUCUCUUUUAGAUAACUGCAAAAACAAUCAUCAAUUUAGUAUAGGUUGGGAUGUUCCAUCUUUAGGGACAGUCUAAAGAGUAUCCAAUAAAGUAGGUAAUGAAACAGGAUUUGUAAUUCCUGAUUACACUGUUAUCACUUACAAAAAUAUCAAUAAAGAUCUAAAAACCUAGAAUCAAUAAACAAAUCAACCAUAACCUAAUAAAUUUGCCACUUUAGCUUAAAAAAACUUGGUUUAAGACAACAAUAAAAACUAAUAACUAAUUUAAAAAAGCAUAGACAAUAGUAUAGAAAAGUUUAAGUCUGAAGAGACUCUUAAAGAAUAAACAAAUUAAUAAAUAAGAGAUAUAUUAGCUAAAUAAAGAAGAGAAAAUUAACAAAAUUCAAAAUACAAAGCUUGA